AUGUUGCUCCGUGGAGCAUUCGCCGCCUUGGGCCUCAUGGCCAGCGCCAGCAGGGCCCUUGAAAUCACUGUCACCGACGAUUCCUCUAUUAAGAAAGCCGCCGACACCGUUGCAUACGGCCUGGUAAAGUUCUAUACUGGUAACAACACCGGUGACGUUCCGGGCAAUUUGCCUGACCCAUACUACUGGUGGCAGUGUGGCGCCAUGUUUGGCACUCUGGUCGAUUAUUGGCAUUACACCGGAGACGAUCAGUACAACGCUAUCACAUUACAAGCCAUGGUUCACCAGGCCGGUGACGACGAGGAUUUCAUGCCAAAGAAUCAGACAAUGACGCUGGGAAACGAUGACCAGGGUUUCUGGGCUUUGGCUGCUAUGAGUGCUGCGGAACACACUUUCCCCGACCCCCCUGCAGACCAGCCUCAGUGGGUUGCAAUCGUGCAGGCCGUGUUCAACGAGUUUGUGAGCCGUUGGGAUACGGCGCAUUGUGACGGUGGUCUCCGAUGGCAGAUUUUCAACUUCAACGCUGGUUGGAACUACAAGAACUCGAUUUCCAAUGGCUGCUUCUUUAACCUCGCUGCCCGCCUGGCCCGUUACACCGGCAAUGAUAGCUACGCAGAGUGGGCCGAGAAGGUUUGGGAUUGGGAAACGUCAAUCGGACUGAUCAAUCUUACCAGCUACGCAGUUCAUGAUGGCGUGACGAUCAAGGACGGCGCCAAGUGCCAGGAUGACAUGGAUAAAACCGAAUGGACAUACAACUCCGGCAUCUUCCUUCAUGGAUCGGCUGUCAUGUACGACGUUACCAAGGACGCAAAGUGGAAGACCCAUGUCGAUGGACUCAUCAAGCACGGAAUUGAAAAAUUCACUGUGGAUGGCAACAAUAUUGCUUACGAGCAGCUCUGCGAGCCUCAUGGGACUUGCGACGACGAUCAGCGUUCAUUCAAGGGAUACUGGCUGCGCUGGCUUUCAGCUACCAUUACGCUGAUUCCAGAUGUCAAGGAUACUAUCUGGUCUCUCAUGACGACCAGCGCUCAGGCCGCCGCCUCGGUCUGCAUCGGAUCUCCUACAGCGGCCAUUUCUGGCCACCCGCCUUUCAAGGGAAUGGCUGGUACUGCCUGCGGCUUCAAGUGGAACCCAGCCAAGACUUUUGACGGUUCCUUUGGUGUUGGUGAGCAGAUGAGUGCAUUGUCUGCGCUCAUUUACACUCUUGUAGAUGACGCAGCUGCUCCAGUGACCAACACGACAGGUGGCACGUCUACUGGAAACCCUGGAGCCGGUAGUAAAUCGGAUUCAGAAAAGAUCCGAGUCUUUGACCCAAUCACCACUGCCGACCGUGCAGGAGCUGGUAUUCUAACCACUCUUAUUAUCGGCGGUGUCAUUGGUGGUUGUGCUUUCGAGUUCCAGAUUCUAGCUACCUUAUCCGCCAUGUCGUCCAAGCACUUUGUGAAUGACCCGACGAAGCUGGUCAACGCCGCGCUGCGCAGCCUGACGCUCACCAACCCAAACGUCGCCCUGGACGCGGAGAACAAGAUCGUCUACCGCCGGCCGUCCGAUGCGCCCGCCCAGGUGUCCAUCGUCUCGGGCGGCGGGUCAGGCCACGAGCCGUCGUUUGCUGCCAUGGUCGGCCCCGGGCUGCUCUCCGGCGCGGUGGCGGGGACCAUCUUCGCCAGUCCGUCGGCGGAGCAGGUGCGGACGGGGAUCGCGACGAGGGUCGACAGGGAGAAGGGGGUGCUGGUCGUGGUGAUGAACUACACGGGCGACGUGCUCAGCUUCGGCAUGGCCGUCGAGAAGGCCAAGGCGGCUGGCACGGACGUGCAGAUGGUCGUGGUGGGGGACGACGUCGGCGUGGGCAGGGUGAAAGGGGGGAAGGUCGGGCGGCGCGGCAUCGCGGGGACGGUACUCGUGCUGAAGAUCGCGGGAGCCCUGGCGGCGAGUGGUCGGUCUCUGGAGGAGGUGGCCAAGGUGGCCAGGCUGACUGCCGAUAACCUGGUGAGCGUGGGCGCGAGCCUGGAGCACGUACACGUCCCCGGGCGGGCUGUGAGCCAGGAGGACUCUCUGAAGGCGGGCGAGGUUGAGAUCGGCAUGGGGAUUCACAACGAGGUGGGCUCAAGCCGUGCCGAGCUGGAUCUACCCGAGCUUGUGGGAAGGAUGCUUGCUCAGCUGCUGGACCAGAAUGAUAAAGACCGGGCAUUUGUGAACGUCAACUCGAACGAGGUUGUGUUGCUGGUGAACAACUUGGGCGGGGUCAGCGCCCUGGAACUGGGCGCCAUCACCGAUGAGGUUGUGACGCAGCUGAGCAAGUCAUACAACAUCCAGCCCGUUCGUAUCUUGAGCGGUACUUACAUGACCAGUCUCAACGGGUUGGGCUUCAGCAUCACCCUGUUGAACGUGGUCAACACUGAUAUCGGCGGGCCGGGCAUGAUUGAGCUCCUAGAUGCCCCGAGCGAGGUCACAGGAUGGGCAGCACCCAUCCAAAAGACCACAUGGGAGGCCAAGAAUACAGCUGUUAGGACUGACGCAGUAAAGGAGAACCAGGAGAUCAAGCCAAGUGGUCUCACGGUGGAUGUUUCUGGUGCCUCCACGGCUCUGACGACUGGACUUAAGAAGGUCAUUGCAGCCGAGCCGGAAAUCACCAGAUACGACACCGUGGUUGGAGACGGCGACUGUGGCAUUGGGCUGAAGAGGGGAGCCGAAGCCAUCCUGAAGCACCUCGAACAAAAGCCCCUGACAGGAGACAUCGUGGUUGACUUGGCCUCUAUCGUCCCCGUCGUUGAAAAUAACAUGGACGGCACUUCAGGAGCGCUUUACGCCAUCUUCCUCAACGCACUAGUUCACGCUCUCCGCGGUCAAGGAUCGGGUCAAGCAACGCCAAAGGUGUGGGCGGCCGCUCUCAAGCAGACCAACGAUGCUCUAUCUAGGUACACCCCAGCGCGGCCGGGCGACCGAACCCUCGUCGACGCCCUCUACCCAUUCGUGGAUGUUCUUGAGCAGAGCGGAGAUGUGAAGAAGGCCGCCGACGCCGCACAAAAGGCUGCCGAGGACACCAAGGGGAUGCAGGCCAGCUUGGGAAGGUCGGUCUAUGUUGGUGGGAGUGGCUAUGAGGAGGUGCCCGAUCCCGGUGCCUGGGGGCUCGCAACCUUCUUCUUGGGUCUGGCAGGACAAUAG